AUGAAUCAACGAGCAACUGCUGCAGUUCGAACACCAGCGGGAUGUACAACACCGUUUGAUGUGGUAACUGGAGUAAGACAGGCGGCAGUGGCAGGACCCUUCAUGUUCAAUUUCGCCAUCGACGACAUGUACGAAACUUCAACACGUUCUGUUGUCAACCUUGUAUCGAAGCUAGCUGCAGCCUAUGGACUACGUCUACACCCUGAUAAAUGCAAACAGAUGUGGAUCUCUUCGAGAACUCGAACGGGAAUCAGGGUGGACGGACAGCCGAUAGAACUCGUCGAUGAGUUCUGUUACCUGGGCUGUACGCUGAAGAACAACGGCAGCUACGAGAGAGAUGUUCAGCAAAGAUGCGCUAAGGCACUUCUGCAUUUAACUCCUUGA